AGCCCUCUACAGGGACGUCAUGCAGGAGAACUACGAGACGGUGACCUCGCUGGGAUUCCCCCUUCCCAAACCUGACCUAAUCACCUGGCUGGAACGAGGGGAAGAGCCAUGGGUGCCCGAUCUCCAGGCCUGCAAGGAAAGAGAGAUCCCAAGAGGUGCCCGCACAGGCACAAUGACGCCUGUCUGGAUUAUCUUUCUCCCAGCAGGGGAAGUGGAACCAGAGGGGACCUUUGUGAGAAGAGCUGCAGAGAAUUUUUCCUACUGCUGGGAACAGGGAGAUGACGGGGGAAAUUGGCAGAGGUCAGAGAGGCUUCUGGGAAACCACUCAAGGGAGCAAACAGAUGAAUCUAUUAUCUGUGGGGAAGGAUACAGGGAUCCCACAGCCCAGCAGACAACCCCCAAGGAAGACAAACACUAUGAAUGCCUUGGCUUUGGGAAAGGAUUAGUUCUGAGACGGCUUGUUACGCUUCAGGCAAUAAAUACUGGCGAGAAACCACUUCAGUGCUUAGACCGUAGGGAAAACUUCAGUAACCUCUCAGAUCUUAAUAACCAUGGGAGAAGCCACACUGGAGAGAAAUCCUAUCAAUGCCUUGAGGACAGGAACUAUUUGACUCGGAAGUCAGUACUGACUACACAUCAAAGAAGCCACAUAGGAGAGAGACCCCAUAAGUGCUUAGACUGUGGGAAAAGUUUUAUAUGGAAGUCAGACGUUGUCAGACAUCAGGCUAUCCACACAGGAGAGAGACCCCACAAGUGCUUAGACUGUGGGAAAAGUUUCAUACGGAACUCAACCCUUCUUAUUCAUCAGGCAAUCCACACUGGAAAGAGACCUUAUAAGUGCUUCAUCUGUGGGAAAAGUUUCAUACAGAGGUCAAAUUUUGUUGAACAUCAAGCAGUCCACACUGGAGAGAGACUGCAUAAGUGUUUGGACUGUGGGAAAAGUUUCACACACAGAUCAAAUUUUAUAACACAUCAGAGGAUCCACACAGGAGAGAGACCCCAUCAGUGCUCAGACUGUGGAAAAAGGUUCAUAGAGAGGUCAGCCCUUUCUGUACAUCAGAGAAUCCACACAGGAGAGAGACCCCAUCAGUGCUCAAACUGUGGAAAACGUUUCAUACAGAGGUCAACCCUUCUUAAACAUCAGUCAAUCCAUACAAGAGGGAGACCAUAAGUGCUUCGACUCUGGGAAUGGUUUCAGAAACAGAUCAGCCCUUCUCAACAUCUGGCAAAACACACAUAGUGCUUAGACUAUGGAAAAACGUUUCUAAUAGAUGUCCGUCCUUGUUUUACAUUAGAGAAUACACCCAGGGGAGAGAUGCCCUUCGCUGCUUAGCCUGUGGAAAGAGUUUUAUAUGGAGGUCAGACCUUGUUAGACAUCCAGCAAUCCACAGAGGAGAGAGACCCCGUAAGUGCUUAGACUGUGGAAAACAUUUCAGAAACUGAUCAGUCCUUGUUUUACAUGAGAAAAUCCACACAAGAGCAAGUCUCCAUAAGUACUUGGACUGUGGCAAAAGUUGCACACUGAGAUCACACCACAUUAAACACUGGAGAAUUCACACACCAUCUCAACUUCUGUGAUACCUUCAUGCACAUCUACAAAUAGAACUAGCAGAAUCUUGUGUGAGGGAGAAGACAAUAUGCCACGUUUACUGUGAACACAGAGAAUUCUUAAUAGGAGUAAAAGAUAAGUAAUUCAGUUUCUAUUCCUAGCUAAGAUUGUUCACCACGUACACACACACAGAGUUCUACAGAUGUAAUAUAAUUAUGAGCCUCAAUUUCUUGUACUAGUCCACUGGCCAGUCACGAGGAGGGGAGCCGGGUCCUGUCUGUGUGCACCGAUGCUCCUGGAGGAUGAUCAUAGAACUGGAAGAAGAACCCAACCCUAUGUUUUUGUACCCAUCUUUUUAUAUAUUUCUAUCCAUAGAUCCUGUCCUGUCCCACUGCCCCUAGAUACUGUAUGACCAUGAGUCAUCAGUUAAUGGCAGAUGUGACUUUGAUCUUUUUCUUGAUGGGGCUUUUGUUUUUCUUUCUCUUGGGUGGGUUCUUUUGCAAGUUUUGCCCAUAUUGUUCAUCAGCCAUCAGGGCAGCUGGCAGCUGGUCUUUGAGAUGAGCUGACAUCAGGGACUGAUCCCAUCCCACACCCACAUUCACACUUUUAAAUGAAACACACACGCCUAACAUUAAACAGAGUUUCAGUUUACAAUAUGGAGUUGCUGUAGCUAUAAUGUAUAAUGGUUUAAGAUGGCGGUUUUAGUUACAAUAUGAAGGCACUUUAGUUACAAUAUAUUAAAAAGAAAAGAGUUACAGUAACAGAUUCUUCCAAGGCAAUUUUUGGUAAGCUACUAACACAUAAUUUGUCCAAAGGUGGUUAACACUGUUUCAUUUAUAAAAAGACAAUUUCAUUAAUAACAAAAGGUGGUUUCAUUACAGUAAUUUCAUUGCAAGUAUACAGAGCCAUAUUAUAUAGGUAUAAUUUAUUUAAAGAGUGAUUUCAUUCUUCAGCCCUACAACCUGGCCCGAAACAGUUAAGAAACUUGCAGGCUAAUUGACCCAGAUUCAGCCUUUAGAGAUAUGUUAGAAAAGUGUUUAAAUGGUAUUUGAGGUUAUUCCAAGGGUAUGUCCAGACUACCCGCCCUAUCGGCGGGUAGCGAUCGAUUUAUCGGGGAUUGAUAUAUCGCGUCUCAUCUAGACACAAUAUAUCAAUCCCCGAACGCACUCCCCAUCGACUCCGGAACUCCACCGGAGCGAGCGGCGGUAGCGGAGUCGACGGGGGAGCCGCGGACGUCAAUCCCACGCCGUGAGAAUGGGAGGUAAGUCAGAAUAAGAUACUUCAACUUCAGCUACGGUAUUCUCGUAGCUGAAGUUGCGUAUCUUACAUCGACACCCCCCUGUGUAGACCAGGCCCAAGUAAUAGAGACUAGAACUUUGAAAUGUAAACUUGUAUUGUUAAAAACUCGGAAGAAGAUAGUGCUGCUGAUUAAUCAUGAUUAACUCAAAAAAAUUAAUUGUGGGUAGAAAAAUUAUUGUCGAUGGAUGACAUUGUUAAAUAAUAGAAUACCAACUGAAAUUUGUUAAAUGUUUUUGGAUGUUUUCCUGUGUUUUCAUAUCUAUUGAUUUCUAUCACAACAAAGAACAGAAAGUGUGCAGUGCUCACUUUAUAUUAUUUUUAAUCACAAAUAUGUGUACUGUAACCAUGAAAAUCAAAAAUAGUAUAUUUCAAUUCACCUCCUAGAAGUACUGUAGUGCAAUCUCUUUAUCAUGAAAGUGUAACUUAGAAACAUAGAUUAUUUUUGUUAUAUAAGUGCACUCAAAAAUAAAGCAAUUAAAAACUUUAGAGUCUA